AUGUCCAUGCUUAUCAAAGGUCUUAAAUAUAUUCCACCAUGUCAAAGUCGAUUCUCACGUCAAUCUAUUGAUGCUGUUGUCAAUGAGCAAUACAAGACUUUGUAUUCCAUUGUUCAAGGUUGCCUUGAUGAUCAUCGUAUGCAGCUCGUAGAGCCACGUGAAAAGGAAGGUUUUUCAUCCUUGAAACGAAUCCUCUAUGAACUUCAAUCCAAAAAAUUACCACGUAAACUAGGAAUUCGUGCUCGACGUGAACGCAAAGUAGUCCGAAGUAUUAUAAAAAUUUUACGUCAACGACCCGACAUUACUGGUGCUAUUAAUCAAGAGCAACAUAAGAGCACGCCUCCGAAAACAAUUGCAUUAGAAUUGGCACAUCUUCAUUUUAUCCUAAAACCACAUAAACCUGAUACACCAUUACGACCGAUUGUAGCAGCUAUUCAUAUACCAGCAACAGAAGUGUCCAAAUUUCUUAAUGAUCUAUUAGCCCCUGUAUUUCUACGUGUUGCACGAAAGACCACUUUUAUUAAUGGUAUUGAUCUUGUUCGAGCAUUAGAAAAAUAUGUUACCGAUGGUCAGUUAAAACCAACGACCUUGUUUAUCACUUUUGAUGUUGAAAAUCUGUAUACAAUGAUCCCACGGCAAGGUGCUUUAGAGGCAUUAAUGCAAUUUCUCGAACGACAUUUACACAACAAGAAAAUUGGAACAUUGCGCAUUGAUGAUAUCAUGAGAAUGGCUCGUCUCGUAUUGGAUACAAAUAUUUUUGCCUAUGAAAAUAAAUAUUAUCGACAAAUACGUGGUGGAGCUAUGGGAUCCGCCUUUACACGAACAUUAGCCAAUAUUUAUAUGUUACAUUGGGAACAAAAAUUAAUACAAGAUCAAGAAGCAGACAAAGAAAUCUACGGACGAUAUAUUGAUGAUGUAUUCAUGACAACAAACUUAACAUUCGAUCAAGUUAAAAAAAGAUUAGAAAAUGCUCACAGAAAAGAUCCAAAUAUUCGAAUUUCAUAUUCCAUUCAAUCUACCAUCGACUUUCUCGAUGUCACAGUCAGCAAUGUUAAUGGUCAAUUGAAAACAACAAUCUUUCAUAAACCAGCCGCUGAACCCUAUAUACUGCCUUACACAUCCGAUCAUCCACGAAAUGUUUAUCAUAAUAUACCAUAUGCAGCUCUAUUGAGAGCGGCAAGAAUCUGCUCGAAUGUUGAAGAUUUUGACAUAGAACGCAUUCGAAUUGACCUAUCGUUAUUACUAAACGAGUAUCCACCUUCAUUCGUUUCUAAACAUUUUCAUCGAUUCUUCCAACUCAACCAGGCUAUGCCCGUAUUAGAACGGCUUGAUUCAGACGUGUACCACGAAAUACAUCAAAACUUACUUCAUAAACCAACAAGAAAAGAAAAACAAUUACAAGAGACGAUCGAAGAUCUUGAUGCCUUACCUGAACCAUUACAGAAAAAACAACUUGGGAUCCGAAUGUCAUGUAUGCAAAAUAUAACUUCGAAAGUGGACCAAGAUUAG